CACUUCCUCCCCUCAGUCUCAUGCAGCGGCAGUUGCUCUCCGGUAGAACAGACGGACCCCUCGGUGUUUUCUCCUCCGUCACUGCCGUACGGGGCUCCGGCCCGGUGUCCGACCAGCCCCUCGCUGCUGAGAAGCGUGUGAGAAAUGUGUCACCCGUGUGUUGCGGAGCUGAGAGACUCCAUCUUUAAUACAACAGAUAAGCCAUCAUGAUUCCUAUCACAGAGCUCCGGUAUUUUGCUGACACGCAGCCUGCGUACCGUAUCCUGAAGCCAUGGUGGGACGUCUUCACCGACUACCUCUCGGUGGUCAUGCUGAUGAUCGCGGUGUUCGGCGGCACGCUGCAGGUCACGCAGGACAAGAUGAUCUGCCUGCCCUGCAAGUGGGUGGUCAACAAGUCCUGCGAGACCAUGCCGGUCCCCAACGUGAGCACCGCCUACCCACCGGAACCGAAGGGCAUUCAGUAUGACCUGGACCGGCAUCAGUACAACUACGUUGACGCCGUCUGCUACGAGAACAAACUGCACUGGUUUGCCAAAUAUUUCCCCUACCUGGUGCUCCUCCACACCCUCAUCUUCCUCGCCUGCAGCAACUUCUGGUUCAAGUUCCCCCGCACAAGCUCCAAACUAGAGCACUUUGUCUCCAUCCUCCUCAAGUGCUUCGACUCGCCGUGGACUACAAGGGCUUUGUCCGAGACUGUUGUUGAGGAGAGUGACUCAAAGCCUCAUGGGAAAAUGAACGGCUCCAAUGAUAAGAAGGCCUCCUGCGUAAGCGAGGAUGUUGAGGCCAGCGUUCCCAUGCUCCAACGAACAAAGUCCAGGAUUGAACAGGGGAUUGUGGAUCGCUCUGAAACUGGGGUUUUGGAUAAAAAAGAAGGGGAGCAGGCGAAGGCUCUUUUUGAGAAGGUCAAGAAGUUCAGGAUCCAUGUAGAGGAGGGGGAUAUCGUGUACCGCCUUUACAUACGGCAGACCAUCAUCAAAGUAAUCAAGUUUAUACUGAUAAUUAGCUACACGGCUUACUAUGUGCGCUACAUCAGGUUCAGUGUGGUGUGCACUGUGAACAUCCAGAAGCUAACAGGCUACAGCACCUUCUACUGUGCUCACCCGUUAGCCACUCUUUUCAAGAUUUUGGCGUGUUUCUACAUCAGCCUGGUGGUGGUUUACGGUCUGAUCUGCAUGUACACUCUCUGCUGGAUGCUCAGCCGCUCCCUCAAGCGAUACUCCUUUGAAUCAAUCCGCGAGGAGAGCAGCUACAGAGACAUCCCCGACCUGAAGAACGACUUUGCCUUCAUGCUGCACAUGAUAGAUCAGUACGACCCUCUCUACUCCAAGCGCUUCGCCGUGUUCCUGUCCGAGGUGAGCGAGAACAAACUGAGGCAGCUGAACCUAAACAAUGAGUGGACACUGGAGAAACUGAGGCAGCGCAUCACCAAGAACUCGCAGGAGAAGCUGGAGCUGCACCUCUUCAUGCUCAGCGGGAUCCCAGACACUGUUUUUGAUCUGAUCGAGCUGGAAGUGUUAAAGCUGGAGCUCAUCCCUGAUGUCACCAUCCCACCAAUCAUAGCCCAGCUCUCCAACCUCAGGGAGAUGUGGCUCUAUCACACGCCGGCUAAGAUUGAGGCUCCAGCUCUUGCUUUCCUGCGAGAGAACCUCAAGUCCCUUCACAUUAAGUUCACAGACAUCAAGGAGAUCCCCCUGUGGAUCUACAGCCUGAAGAACCUGAACGAGCUGCACCUCACCGGGAACCUUAGCGCGGAUAACAAUCGCUACAUCGUCAUCGAUGGGCUACGGGAGCUCAAAAGGCUCAAAGUGCUGCGUCUGAAAAGCAACCUGACCAAGCUGCCGCAGGUGGUGACGGAUGUGGGCGUGCACCUGCAGAAGCUCUCCGUCAACAAUGAGGGCACCAAGCUGAUGGUGCUCAACAGCCUGAAGAAAAUGGUGAACCUGACGGAGCUGGAGCUGGUCCGCUGCGACCUGGAACGCAUCCCACACUCCAUCUUCAGUCUACACAACCUGCAGGAGAUCGACUUGAAGGACAACAACCUGAAGACCAUCGAGGAGAUCAUCAGCUUCCAGCACCUGCACCGCCUAGUGUGCCUGAAGCUGUGGUACAACCAGAUCGCUUACAUCCCCAUCCAGAUCGGCACGCUCACCAACAUGGAGCGGCUGUAUCUGAACAGGAACAAGAUCGAGAAAAUCCCCAGCCAGCUGUUUUUCUGCCGCAAGCUGCGCUUCCUGGACCUGAGUCACAACAAUCUGACCAGCAUCCACGCUGACGUGGGCUUCCUGCUGAACCUGCAGUACUUCGCUGUCACAGCAAACAGGAUUGAGACGUUGCCCCCGGAGCUUUUCAAGUGCAAGAAGCUUCGUACUUUAAACCUGGGGAACAACUGUCUGCAGACGCUGCCGUCGCGCUUCGGCGAGCUGACGGGGCUGACGCAGCUGGAGCUGAGGGGGAACACACGCCUGGAGUGUCUGCCCGUGGAGCUGGGCGAGUGCCGGCUGCUGAAGAGGAGCAGCCUGGUGGUGGAGGAAGAUCUGUUCAACACGCUGCCUCCGGAGGUCAAGGAGCAGCUAUGGAGGGCCGACAAGGAGCAGGCCUGAGAGAAGUGUGACUUUAGGAAGUCAUCAAGCAGUGACUUUGGUUUGUAAAUCCUUAAGAAGUUUGCAGCCAUGUUUUCUUGAUGAUGCUCGGGAUGUCAAAUAUCCUCCGAGGAUGUCUUAUUGGAAGUUGCCAAGGAAAGAUGGUUCAGUGAGGUGGCUUUUCUAAUAAUAUACUGAAUAUAGAGAUGCCUGCAACUCAAGGACGUUGCCUAAGACAUCCUGUUUGUGUAAAGGCAGGGAAACCUGGAACAUGCUAUCAUUUCAGCCAUGUUUGCCGAUGGUGCUUGGGAUGUAGCAUUUCCUCCGAGGAUGUCUUUUUGAAUCUUAAGGAGAAGUAUUGCCAAUGACGGACGGUAUAUUAAUGUGUUUUCUGUAACGCCAUCCUGAACAUGAAGCUGCAAGGAUGAAAGCAGAUGAUGGUGAACAUGCAUGCUACUGAAAGACCUCGCUAAAGAAAACCUGUUUAUGAAAGAGAACCAAAAAACUGCAAGAUUCAGCCUUGCUCACUAGUAUCACUUUUUUUGCUGAUCAUGGGAUACAUGCACAAAUCAAAGGUGCUCACAGCAGUGUUUGCCUUCCUCUGGCCUUGAGACUCAAAACAUGAACAUUUUUACAACGACAUUAGCAGUUGCAGAACUCUGGCAGAUGGCAGUAAAUGAAUGAUCGUGCGACCGACAGCCAAUCUGUGAGACAUGAAGGUUUUUCUUCAGACUCUAAAACCUACGUCCAACUGCGCCCUUUUUUUAACGCGAUCAAAGUGACGGAGAUCAUCAGCUGAUCACACAGCCAAGGCCUUAACUUGAGGGACUGAUUAAAGGACAUAAAGGGAAACGGGAACAUGUCUACAGUACAACGUCCAAACCCUGCAGUUGUUAAUAUAUAACGCAGUGGUGGAGGAAUGCCUCUUUCUUCUUCGACUUUUCAUUUUGCUUCUCUAUCAAAUCAUGUCUUAUUUAGAAAUAUUUAAUUUGCAUGACAUCGCACACAAUACUAGUGUAAAGUAUGUUGAAACUUCACAACACCUAAUAUGGUACUUUUUAAAUGCUACAACAUAUUGGUGUUCAUCCAAAAUGUAAGAAAAACACAGCCAUUGAUUUGUUGUUUCAGACUCCUUGUGGAACAUAUAGCUGCAGUCAAAGAUCUUAAGUGACCUUUGUUCAAGUGAAGGCUGAUAAAUGUUGCUUCACUGUCUCGAUUGUCAAAACACGAGGUGACCCCUGCUGACAGGAAGUCCCUGUGUUAAAGGGACAGGGUCAAGCACCCUGAACUCCCUUCUAUUCUUGAUGUAUGUGUCUUUGUUCAAAGGACAGUUCAUCCCAAAACCAGAGAUACAUAUUUCACCUCUUACCUGUACAGCUAUUUAUCAAUCAUCAUUCUUUUGGUGUGAUUUGCCUGAGAUCAAUAUAAUGCAGCUCACGAGAUGUGUGCGUGUUAGGCGUCCUCUUGUAGCUGUUCCGAAGUUCCUGCAUGAAUUUGCUAACAACAGGUUUUGAAGUGUAUCUUGAGUAGAGAUAUCCUUGAAAAGCCUUUCAUUGAACCAAAACAUAAGGCAUUCAUUUGUCAAAUUAAUUAGUAUUUCAAAAAUGUGUAAUGGUAAGAAGGAUUUUAUGAUUUGUUAAGACAAUGAUCAUUUAGAAUUUCCUUUCAAAUCUCCAAGAAGCUGCUAAAAUCACCAAAUGAUGCUUACGUGAAAUCCACGCAGAUCUGAAAGAUGGAGAAGGCAAAUUGCUCUUACGUUUCAUUCCAAAUGAGCAGUCCUAGUAUGUCUGCAAUGUAACCUCCCUUCUUAUGUAGGGAGUGGAUUUCCUGAAAACAAUAUUCCUUUGUAAUGUUGUUCUUUGGCGCUACAGAUGCAUUAUUCAAACCAGUUGAACACGUAUGCAAGCUUGUUCAUAAAACAACCAGAAUAUCAUUUUGAGCAAUAAGAAAGAGUCACGGUACUUCUAUGUUCAGUAUGAUUUUGAAUUGUAACAUCCUGCUGAAGUCAAACAGAGACUUUGAUGCCAGUGUGUUCGAGGAAAAGGAACGUUUAGUUUUUAGUGACUCAAGCUCUCCUCUGUUUGUUUCCUUCGCCUUGUUAUUUAUCAUGUCAGUUUGCUCGGGGUAACCUGGACAUUUGUCAGCUAUUUGUUUAUCCAUUACACAGCGAAACGAGGAUACACAGGAAACAGGUUCUGACCGACCUACGCCAGAGAAACAUUUAUUCCCAGAGUAUGCCGUCCACAUGAGUGCAGCAUGCUCUGUGUGCUUGAAACACUUUUCCUCUUAAGAUCUUGGGUUUAAUAGCAUCAUCUGGAGUUACCCUGCUAUGUUCACUCCAGCCAGGCAUCUCGCUGCUAAUAUGGCCUUAUCUUUUACAAGCUGUACGCCCCGUUACUGAUCACAAACAUCAUGUUGUAACAUGCAUAGCAGAAAUGUGUAAUGUCUUGCAUAUGAGUGGAAUGGCAUGUGGUCUUAUUGUUACCAGCUGCUUCUCUUUGAUUCCACCUUCUUUCUUCUUCGAAUAUUUAAGGGAACGUUCUGUAAUAAUACUAUUGCACCUUUCUUCACAGUACAUUCUGUUUCACUAAAUCCAAAUGCCCUUAGGGGUCAUUAGUCAAAAUCUGUUUUCGAAAGAAGAGCCUCGCUCCGAGUGUUGUUGACCAGCAUCUAGUUUGAAGGUUGCAAGCAAAGGUCACAGACAAAACAAAACCACCAGAGAAACACCAUAACUCAAAGGAACCUCAGCUUUUCUAUCAUGCAUACACUUUGUAAACAAUAACAUCAUUUCAAAAGGCAUUUCCACCUUUAUUUCAUUGCACUUGUUCAUUUGUGUGGUGCCAAAAUGUGUUUUUUGAGCCGUUGGAUGCCAAACAAUAAUCGCACAUCAAAAAGUAAUGUUAAUUUCUAUCACAUUAAAGACAUGUAUCAGGAUGUCUUGUGCAUCAUUCAAAUGUUCAUUUGAUAUGGUAACAUGGCUCAGUGGUGCAGUGCAGCUGCCAGAGCUGCUGAGCAAACAUCUGCUCCUGCAGCACGGUGUCACAUUAGGACAGUCAGACAAUGCCGUGACUUUCUGUAUCAAAUGUCAUCAGAGGUUGGAUAGUCGCAGCUACAAAGACUUUUUCUGACCCGAGUUUAACCUUAAAUGUAUCCUCGGUACAGCAGUUUUAUGACAUGUUUCUCUUUAAGCUUGAGUGGGUCAUAGAAACCUAUCUAAAGCCAUCUCUGGGAAGUUAUUCAAACCUUGGAUUCGCUAAAAUGACUUUCAUAAAUCUGUCCUUUCUCCAUGUUCAGCUCUAUCAGGGUCAGUCUACGUCAGCAAGAAACUUCUGCAGUCAGACAAACAUUUUUCACCUUUGGUCUGCUUACUUUUGGAUUGACAUCCACAAGUGUCCUUUUUGAUCCAACAUCCACAGCUUAACGGAGUCACUUCCCCUCUGAGUCACAUUCAAAACUGCAGCCAGACUCACUUUUCCUGCAAGUCAGCGUCAGGAAAUCAGGAGGCCCCAAAAAGAAGGAAGUAUAAGUGACUGAUUAAUAGGUUAGUUUAAGACGCUUGUGUUUAAUUAUGACCACGUUAAAAACAGCCAAUUUGUUCCCUUAAAUGACUAUAAUUAAUAUGUUUCAAAGCUUUGUUUUCUGUGCAAAAGCACCAACAACUUUUGUGUUGCCUAUCCUGAAGUUAUUUAAAAUAUAAAAAAGAGUCUGUAUUUAUGUUAUGUACGCCUUAAGAAGUGUAGUUUUGUUUUAAUGUAUGUGUCAUUGAUUGUUUUAUAGGAUUAAAUCAUUUGGAUCCACAGAGGGUUUUCCUUUCUGCUAAAAAAAAGACAGAAUUUCUCAACAAAAAAACCCUGACAAUCUAACAUAGUGAACUCACACACUGUUAAUAUCUGUCAUAUUUCUGAAGUGUGUGCAUGUAUGGACAAUUCAUCACAUCAUUUAAUCUGCCAUGAUUGCAUUGAUCUAAUCUCCACCUAUGUAUAAAACAUGUUUGAAAUACUUGAUUGUAUUGACUUUGUACGAUGGAUUCAUCUCUCUGUUCUGGUGCCUGUAGAUCGGGGGUGUAUGCAGGGGCGGACUGGGACUAAAAAUCAGCCCGGGAAUCUCGGUACCGCUGGUCAAUUGUCAACGGGGGAUGCUAGUGAAUUGUCUGACCGGCCCACCGGGAAAACUCCCGGUAUUCCCAAUGGCCAGUCCGCCCCUGGGUGCUUGAAUUCAUGGGUUCACUUAUUUUUCGUCGUCUUGCAGCAUUAGUUUGUUAAAGCUGAACUGUGUUUAUUAUGGCCAUCUAACAGCGACUAUUUUUGAAGAUAAACUGUAAAGUGGAUUAUUUUAAUCAGCUCCGUCACACGUGGGGAAAAAGCCUUUAGUCAUGAAUUGUAGCCAAGCGGACUGAAGACAGUUUUUUUGAACAGGAAGUCUGUCACAAUGAACACCUGAACUUCAUUUCUUAACCCUACCUUUUCUACCAUUCUGACACAUGACAAUGAAAUGAACACUUAACACUAAAUGCUGUUACAAAGAAUGUUAAAUGAUAGAGGAAGGAUUGCCUUGGUGUAUUGGAGCAAACAUCGGCACAGAGGAAUCCAAAUGGAAAAUAAGAGCUGAAGAAAAAAUAAAAUAGUAGUUAUAAAAAACGAUUUAACAUUUGUGAGAAAAACCUUUACCAAAAAAGGAAAUGUAAUAAAAAUACAUUUAGUGUGA